CUAUCAUUCAUUCGUUAUAGCUCUGACGAGCGUACACUCACUUAUUUUAUCCUAACCAUAGUCCGUCUUUACCACUAGGAAAAGCAGCUUUAUAUUUAUACCUUCUUGCUUCAUACAACCUAACAGACCUAAGAUCUUCAGUAUCACUUCACGGAAAGGAAAAAAAUAAAUUAUCAUGUUAUUCAGCACAAUAUCUUCGCUUGCUAUUGCGGCCCUUGCUGGCCAGGCUGUUGCUGAGCCUAUACGUCAACCGUAUAAGCCCAAGCUCGCCCAUAUGUCGCCCAGGGCUAUAUUUGGUCUCGAUCGUCGUGCGAAUGGUGGAUAUGCGCCCGAGCAGCAGUUUUGCGAGGAUGGCGAUACUUGCGCUGAAGCGUGCGGUAAAGGUUUCGAACAAUGCGCUUCUAAGGACGGUAUUGUACACUGCUUCAAUAAGACUGCCUCACAGACUUGCUGCCCUGGAAAAACUGGAGAAUCUUGCGAUAAAGGUUACUUCUGCACAGCAGAUGAUAAAGGCGCCACUUGGUGCUGUCCCGAUAAUAUGACAUUGGAGCAGUGCGCAGACGCCUACAACCUUCCUGGUUCCCUCGUGACGCAGACCAGCACAUCUACCACUAAACCUAAGUCGUCGCACACGUCUACGACCCAUGCUUCCACUACUACUGCUAAGAGUGUUAGUACGUCAGCUAAGGUCGCUAUAAACACUACCACAAGCUCUAUAAGUGCGACAAGCACAGCAAGCACUAGUACGUCUCAGGAUAGCGAGUCAUCUACUUCGGUUGCCCCUCCGAGCAGCACCAUCACGCCUGGCCCCGAAACUACGGCCGCGUCAGCUACUCCUUCACCCACAGUCCCUGCGAAUGGCAUCGCCGCAGCUGGAAGUGAUAGUAAUUACGGCUCCGUAAACAGCAUAAUGCUUCUUGCUGCGGCUGCUUUUGCCGCUCUCCUCUAAACCAGUCCGCGGCAAGAUGAGGAAAAUGCAUCGGCAAGAGUGGACUAUAUGACGGGAUGAGCCAUGAUUAUCGAAAUCUUUCU